AGAGGUUGCUGAAGGCAGAAUUUUAACAACACAAUAUCAAAGAAUAAGGAAUGGUACAGUUCAGCACAACUUCCUGGUUUCCUCAAUUCGAAAGCUUGUCAGACUUAAUGAAUGCGCGAAAACAAACUUGCGAUGUUUCUACAUUUGUAACGUACUCGUGUUUCUCUCGCAUCCAGAUCAAAUUGAUGGUGAAACACAAUGUCAUCCAAAGUGAACGAGCUCAGACAGAAAUUUGCCAACACGGGCGGCACACCGGCGGUGCCGCCGCCCGGCGGCGUUGCUGCUGGGGUUGUUCCACCGCCGCUGCCAGCUGCCCGUGAUAGAAAGAUCUCCGCCCCGCCGGUGCUCCCAUCCGGGGCCGGGUUGCGCCCGCCACUGCCUGCCAUUCCACAACAGAAAGCGUCUUCUUCUGCAGUCAGGCGAAUCUCGUCAAGUCUUGAUCACAAUAAUUCAUUCCUCUCGAACAACAGUGAUGAGAACGCAACAAAUGAUGCCGAAGAUUUGUACCUCAGCCCGGAUGAAGAAUUAAAAGCGUCCUCCCAACCGUCGCCGACACCCAUCAUUUCCUCCAAGCCCCUCCCGAGUCCAAAAGUCCCUCCUCCCCGUAAACCGACGUCCUUCAACUUCAACAAGUCACGCCCCCAAUCUCACUCGGUUUCGGAGGUAAAAGUAAAUGGUGGUCGUGGCGGGAGCGGAGAUGGGACAUUUUUCCACAGUACUUCCAACUCGUCGCUUCCUGUUAAUUCACCCAAAGAAAGCAGUAGUGACAGUUUACUUAUGUUUCAGUACUAUGCAGAGGAAGAUCUUGUCUCACCAUUGUUUUGGGAAGGCGAUAAUCAGGCUCGAGGGGCCAGUCGGAUGGGCUUCGGGACAGACCUUCAAGACAAGACAGCGCACGACGCUAUCCUCAAACUCAAUGAUCAGGAAUACCGGCUGAUGGAAGCGCUGAAGCGCGUCGUCCAACACAAGAUCAAAGCGGACAAGGAGUACGCCACAUCGCUGGGAGUAAUCGGGACGUUAGCGAAUAGAUUCGAAGAGGAUUCACAGAUAAACCACAAGGGAAAUGUUGUGAAGACGUGGAGCACUAUAAUCAAGGAAACAGAGGCGGUCAGUAAGCUCAUCAGACAACACGCUGACGAGAUGAGCACAGCCAUUGUAGACAGACUAAGCAUGAUGAUCAAAGAUAAGAUGGAGUUGAAGAAACAGUACAUCCAUGAGAGAACCAAGAUUGACACGGACUACAUGAAGGUCAAAGGUGAAGUGAAGGAGAGUUUUUCGAGGUAUCAAAAGGCCGGGAAAGAGACCAAGGAGUUGAAACUUAAAUACGAUGAGGCCUUAAUCAAAGGGAAGAGUAAAGACCUUGAGAAGGCUAAAGACAAGUACAAGAAGGCGGUAUUGAAGCUUCAUAAAACCCACAAUGAGUACGUCUUAUCCCUCAAGGCGGCAACUCUCCAUCAAGAACACUACAGAACAAGCAUCUUACCGAGGCUAUUAGAAUGUCUACAGCAAUCCCAGGAGAGUCAGAUCGCUCAGAUAAAGCAAACGAUGUCAGAUUUAUCCAACCUAUCCAGUACCUGUAUGGGAGACUUUGUCACCAGUCAGAACGCAGUCAUGAGGUGUAUUGCCGAUGUCAGGCCUGACGUAGAGUACUCCAACUUUGUCGACAAUCACAAAGUGGACCCCCCAGCUCGUGAAUAUUUUGAGUUUGAUGGAUCCAUCCUAGAGGAUUUCCCCGAUGGCAUGGAAGAGAAUGUCAUUGUACUGGACAAUCUCACUCUGGAAUCUGUGCAACACACACACACAUCUCUUGGGGAGAGUUUGACGGAAGUCAGAGAGAGCCUCAGCAGUAAGAAGCAAGAGUUACAAACACUAGAUGAGGAGAUCAGAGGAAUUCAACCUUCGCCCACUGAUGAGAGAAUUCUUCUGGACCUGCUGUCCAGGCAGAAAGCAUACCGUGAUGUAUCCAGAGAGAUACAAGACCUCAAGUGCCAAGAGGCUAAGCUGAACGCCCAGUACACCAUGCUGGACCAGAAGCUAAGCUCGAUGGGCGAUGAGGAUAACCUACCUGCAGGAUUAGACCUACCGGAAGUUCCGACCAAUUCCAUGACGUUGCCGACCCCUGAGAAAAAGAAGCUGCAUCUCGGCAGUGGAGUGACAAGAAUCUUUGGAAAACGUGGUCCAGACUCAAGUGAGCAACAGCAGAAGCAGAGUGUGAGCGAUAUACCCAUUGAGGAAGAGGAGUGGUAUCAUGGGGCCCUACCACGCCUCGAGACGGAGGAACUCUUAGUCAACGAUGGUGACUUCUUGGUGCGGGAAAAGAGCGAUGCUUCAGGGCAAUACGUCCUCUCCGCUAAGACCAACAGUCGCAUCCGCCACUUCCCCAUCCAACUCAAUGAAGACAACAUGUAUCGUCUAGAAGGGACGGCAUUUCCCAGCGUUGGUCAUCUCAUACGAUACCAGCUGUCUAGUGCGGUGCCGGUCACCAAAGCAUCCCAGGCAUGUUUGAUCCAUCCAGUAGUCAAGGUACGAGAUGAGCACGACCUACGACACGAAGAGAUCGAGCUCGGAGAUAAACUUGGAGCGGGUCAUUUUGGAGACGUAUUCCGAGGGAAACUGAUAAAGAACGGAACGCCGGUUGCGGUCAAGACGUGCAAGGAGACUGUAGAUGCGGCGACAAGACGCAAAUUCCUGAUGGAGGCGAACAUCCUGAAACAAUACAACCAUCCCAACAUUGUGAAGCUGAUCGGUGUAUGCACGGACAAGCAUCCCAUUUAUAUUGUCAUGGAGUUAGUGCCAGGUGGCGAUCUGUUGUCUUUCCUCCGUAACGACGAGAAUGACAUCAGCACCAAGCAGAUGGUGAAAAUGUCGGAAGAGACUGGGGCAGGAAUGGCCUUCUUAGAAUCUAAGAAUUGCAUCCACAGGGAUUUAGCGGCAAGGAACUGCCUGGUGGGAUUGAAGAACACUAUUAAGAUCAGUGACUUUGGAAUGUCUAGAGAGGACGACGUCUAUACCAUCAAAGGUGGAGCAAUGAGGCAGAUCCCGAUCAAAUGGACGGCACCGGAAGCCAUGAACUAUGGCAAGUACACAACGAUGUCGGACGUCUGGAGUUUUGGGAUCUUAUUGUGGGAGGUAUUCUCACAUGGUAGCACUCCGUAUCCAGGGAUGAACAAUACAGAGGCAAGAGAAAAAGUUGAACAGGGUUAUAGGAUGCCCCCGGCACAUGGUACCCCGGAUGAGAUGUACACACUGAUGACAAGGUGCUGGGAGUAUGGGGACGAGCACAGACCAAGGUUCAAGGAGAUUCAUGCGAUAUUGAAACGCCUCACCAAGACCGUCAAGUAGUCGCCACACGAUCAGCUCAGUUGCGAACACUAACUGGUUUAAAGGCACUGGAAACAUUUGGUAGUUUGUCAAAGACCAGUUUUCCCACUUGGUGUAUCCCAACAUAUC